UCAGUACUUAAGUCUUUAUCAGAUAUUCCUUUUGAUCUUGUCUGUGCUAAUGCAAGAAUUCUGAAAAUUUAAAAUACCAUAUUUAGAUACUUUUUUCAUAUUUCAUUUCUAUGAUAAUAAAAUAUGAGCAGUCUAUUAUGUAAUAACAUAAUUAUUUAUAUUGUACAUGAGUAGUGAUUGUAACCUAUUAACUAUAUACGUGGUUAUAUUCACAUACUUUCACUAAUUAACCUGCAACCGCAACAAUAAGAUUUAUUAUAUUAGUGCAAAAAUUAUUUAGAAAACAUGGAAAAUUCCUUAAAUGAAUCGGAUACUGAAGAUUCCUUGAAUAUUGCUACUAAAAACUGGGAUCGAGUUAUUAGUACUGCUAAAAAGGAUGGUUACAGGGAAGGAGUAGAAGAUGGGUCAAAUUCUGUUUUUCAAAAUGGUUUUGAUAGUGGAUAUAAAGAAGGCUUUCAAACCGCUUUUAUUCUAGGAAAGUUUAAAAGUUUAUUAAACACUAUACCAAAGGAUUUCAAACAUCCGCAAAAUAUAAAAGAAAUUUUUAAUAAAACUAGAAGAGGCGCGUGUCAUAUAUGUGUAGCAGAACUUCAUAAUGUCAAUAAUACACAGAAGAGUUUUGAUGAAAUCAUCAGUGAACAAAGAUCGUAUUCAGUGAAAGUUCUUCAAACAUCGUAUGAGUAUUUUCAACCAUACGUAAAGGAAUUAAAUAUUAACGAAUUUGAUAUAUUAAAGAUACGAGAUGUUCCAGAUUUAGAAGAUAAUUAAUUUAUCAAUCAAAACAGUUUUUUGUAUCUUUUUAUUAGCAUGUAUAUUUUUAUACUUCAAAAGUAAAUAAAGAAUGUUAAUUGCA